AUGCAGCCAUUGGUCGGCGUAAUAGCCGAUCGUUCAACGUCGAAAUGGGGUCGCCGCCGUCCAUUCAUGAUCGUUGGGUCUCUGGUGGUUGGGUUGUUCCUAUUUAUCCUUGGCUGGACAUCAGAAAUUGUUUCUGUUUUUGUCAAGGACCCACAAUCGAGAAAGUCGGUGACUAUAGCGGUAGCUGUAAUGAGUAUAUAUGCGGUUGACUUUGCGAUUAAUGUUGUACAGGCAUGUUGCCGUAGUUUAAUUGUUGAUACCUUACCUAUCCCGCAACAGCAACUUGGCUCGGCAUGGGCGAGUAGGAUGACAGCUAUUGGUAGUCUUAUUGGCUACGGAAUUGGUUCAAUCAACAUGCUAAACACGUUUGGCACAUUUCUUGGAAAUACACAGUUCAAGCAAAUGACAAUAAUAGCGGCAUGUUCUCUCAUUGGCUCCGUUCUUGUUACAUCAUAUGCUGUGAAGGAAAGGGUAUUGAUAUCAGUGAGAGACUCGGAUAAUCGCUCUGGCGUGAUGAAAAUCCUAUCCCAGCUAUUUCGGACCACAUUCCGCCUACCACCUAGGAUCAAAGCAAUAUGCUGGGCACAAUUUUGGGCUUGGAUUGGGUGGUUUCCCUUUCUUUUCUAUAGUAGCACUUGGGUUGGCGAGACAUACUUUCGUUAUGGAGCACCAAAAUCCCAAUUCGACAAGAUAACAGACACCCUCGGCGAAGUUGGCCGCCUGGGAAGCUUGUCUCUUGUUAUUUUUUCUGUGGUAACCUUGGUUAACUCUGUCGUGUUACCCUUCGCUGUUCUCUCACCGGGAAAUGACAGGGGUGCUUUGACUCAACGACCUCCUCGUGGAGUUGUUCGAUUUUUGAAGAAGAUUUCUUACGUUCGGCCGGACUUACAGACGGCGUGGAUGAUAUCGCAUAUUAUGUUUGCUGGUACUAUGGUUUUCGCGCCUCUAGCAAAGUCGGUAGCCUUUGCCACAUUCCUUGUUGCCCUCUGUGGAAUCCCGUGGACUGUCACCUGCUGGGCUCCGUUUGCUUUCAUGGGAGUUGAAAUCAAUCGACUAUGUCUAUUGACGAGCCCAUCACGUAGCUCUAAUAUUGCCAUGAUGGGUCCUGGAACUGGGCACAGAAACAACGCAUACUUACCCCUUGAAACAACCGACGGAUCGAAUGGCGAUCAGGAAUUAGAUGACAACAGUGUCUUGCGGUUAAAUCACCGACUUGACGGCGAAAGUGACGCUAGCGACACGGAAGAGGAUGAAAUAGCAUCAACAGGAGAGUUGGCUGGCAUAUAUUUGGGUGUGCUCAAUGUGUAUACUACACUACCUCAAUUUGUUGGCACAUUUAUCAGCUGGAUCGUUUUCAGUAUUUUUGAACCGGGCACGCCACCUACCGAAGGGCCACCAGCUCCAAACAACGAACAUAGCAAAUCAAAAGCCGCACAAUGGCUUAAUUUAGAUACCGAAGGACCUAAUGGGAUUGCAGUGUGCUUGUUUAUCGGAGCGAUUAGUGCGAUGAUUGCAGCGGAGGCAACUAGGAGAUUGAAAUAUGUCCGAUAA